AAGAGUGUGUGAAUGUGUGUGAGCAUCUAUGUGAGAGGGUGAAUGUGUGCAUGUGGGUGAACAUGUUAGUCACUCUGUGAGUGUGUGCGCGUAUGUGUGCGAGCAUGUGUGUUUGCAAGAGUUAGUGUGUGAACUUGUGUGAACAUGUAUGUGAAUGUGAGUCUAAGAGUGAAGAAUGCGUGUGUGCAGAUGUGUGAGCAUGUGAGGAUGUAUGUGUGUUUGAGAGGGGAAUGUGUGUGUGCGAGCAUGUGUGUUUACAAGAGUGUGUGAACUUGUGUGAACAUGUAUGUGAGUGUGAGUCUGGGGGUGAAGAGUGUGCGUGUGCACUGCAUGAACAUGUGAGUGUGGGUGUGUGUGACCCCGCCCCUCCCCCAGCUAUCUCUUCCACUUUGGGGUGGGGGGCGUGGUCCUGGAAGUCCACCCAAACUUUUUGAGCCCCUCGUCCCUCCUGGAGGAGGCUGAGCUCUUCCUUUCUCUUUGGGGGUGUUUCCGGCACCUUUUGGUUAAAGUGGGGUUGGGUGUUUGGUCACAGGCCCUGCGUCACCUGUGGCUCCCACUUCACUUCUCAUGCCCCCCGCCACGCCGUGCACUUCAGGGGUGGCAGAACUCUUCCCUCCGGUGACAUCUCACAGCCCGCCGGUCCUGGGCUUGCCAAGGUCCCUGUUGUGCUUUUCAGUUUCCCGCACAGCUGUGGCACCCAGCCUGAUCUCCACGCGGGGCCUGGAACAGGACACAGUCGACCAUGUUCCACUUCUUCCGGAAGCCCUCAGAGCCCAAGAAGGCGCCGGCGCCGGAGAGGGAAGCUGAUGGAUUCGUCCUUCUGGGUGACACAGAGAAUGAGCAGAGAGCAUCCCCGAGAGGCAGCCCUUCAGAAGAAGCAAAGCAGCCUUCCCAGGCAGAUGUGGGAGACCAGCCCCCUGGCAGCACGUCGAGCCCUCCGAUGGACUCUGAAGGUCAGACCGUGGAGAACAGUGCCCUCGUGUCGGAGCUGCUCAGGGACGUGCCCUUCACUCUGGCGCCCCAUGUGUUGGCAGUGCAGGGCACCGUCAGCGACCUCCCGAGCCACUUACUGACCUCUGAGGUCAGUGACAACUUGUCACGAUUUUUGUACGAUUUUACCCUGGAAAAUUCCGUGCUGUGUAACCCUUAAUGGGUCGGCAGGACGAGGUGGGUGAGCAUCGUAAUCGCCAAAUGUUCUUGUGUGAAACCUUAUCUCGCUUAGUGUUUUCACGUGAUUAUUAAUGUCCGAGGACCUUCAGAAAUCACAAAUUUUCACAUGCAUUCGUGUUGUCACCUUAUUUUGGAAUCCGCAACAUUUACAUCCAGAUACUUAGACCAGGCUGGACUCUGCCUCUUCCCCCUGCAGGAGGGAGGACGUGAAUGUGCUCCUCAAUGUUUGGAAAAGCUGAGCGGGGAAAUUCUUCAGCCGAACGUAGCGCCUGGCACACGGGCAUCUCCGUGGCUCUGCGCGUUCCUGUCUGACACUACAAAUCUCAUGGCCAACGGCUGUGGUCUGGGGAGCUCCACGUGAAUGUUACAUCGGGAGAGAGUAGGGGUCUAUCUCGGUGUCCACUCGCCCCGUGGUGGUCCCCUCCCGGGCCGGGCUGGUGACUGAAGGUCUGGGGGAAGGGCAGCAUGGCCUGGCGGCCCAUGAGCCCAUCUGCCCCGCUCUUGAAACAGCCCCCUGCCUUUUUCCAUUCCCUUACUGGGUUUGUUUUUCAAGGACUUUUCUCUGACGCUUCCUCAUGUGAGAGAAGUCAGGAAAAGCCUAGUUUGAAUCUGGCCCUCAGCACUUGCUUAACUGUUUGACCCUGGACAAGUCAUUGCACUUCUGCCUGCCUCUGUUUUCUCACCAGUAAAAUGGGGAUAAUAAU